CGAGAAUAAGAGCCACCAUGCCAAGGAUCUAUGAGCUUGCAGCCGGAGGCACCGCUGUCGGCACGGGCUUGAAUACUAGAAUUGGCUUUGCAGAGAAGGUUGCCGCCAAAGUGGCUGCACUCACAGGUCAGCGCUGGCUUGCCUUUUGUCACAGCUCCAAAUAAAUUUGAAGCUCUGGCUGCGCACGAUGCUCUGGUUGAACUCAGCGGCGCCAUGAACACCACCGCCUGCAGUCUGAUGAAGAUCGCAAACGACAUUCGCUUUCUGGGGUCUGGUCCCCGCUCAGGUCUGGGAGAGCUGAUCUUGCCUGAAAAUGAACCAGGAAGCAGUAUCAUGCCAGGCAAGGUGAACCCGACCCAGUGUGAGGCGCUGAGCAUGGUCGCCGCCCAGGUCAUGGGCAACCACGUCGCCGUCACCGUUGGGGGCAGCAACGGCCAUUUCGAGCUGAACGUGUUCAAGCCAAUGAUGAUCAAAAAUGUGUUACACUCAGCCCGGCUGCUGGGGGACGCGGCCGUUUCCUUCACAGAAAACUGUGUCGUGGGAAUCCAGGCCAACACAGAGAGGAUCAACAAGCUGAUGAAUGAAUCCCUAAUGUUGGUGACAGCUCUUAAUCCUCAUAUAGGGUAUGACAAGGCGGCAAAGAUUGCUAAGACAGCACAUAAAAAUGGAUCAACCUUAAAGGCGACUGCUAUUGAACUUGGCUAUCUCACCGCAGAGCAGUUUGAUGAGUGGGUGAAACCUAAGGACAUGCUGGGUCCAAAGUGAUAUAAAUAAAUUUGUAAUAAAAAUAAUUAUGUUCUAUAAAAGAAAUGAAAAAGACUCCUUAUUGUUCUUAAACAGAAAUGAAUGAGUGUGCAAGGAAUCUGCUCCUGAACUUGAAUGUCUCUAGCAGAGCAACUUGGUCGAUAUAUAAAACCCCAGGAUGUGCUGGGUCCAAGGUGAAUUUGGAAAGUGUGAAAUGAAGUGAUUAUAUUGUAUAAAGUCAAAGAAAACGGACUCAUUUUUCUUUUAUGUUAAUUGACUUUAUUAUAGUCAAAUCUCAUUUCUGUGUAUGUGUGUUUAUUACUUCAUCUGUUUUAUAAAAGAGCCAUAUCAAUUUUUAAAGAGUUUUAAUUUUGUUG